UGAUUUAAACCUUUGCUUAAGUUCUCAUUGAAAGCUAAAACCCUAUCAAAAGCCCCUGCUUCUGAAUUGCCAACAACACUCAAAAACACUCUUCUUUCUGCAUUUUCUGAAUUUCUGUGAUCCUCGAUUAUGUAUAGAAUAGCUUCAAGAUUAGCUUCAUCGAUUAGCUCAUCUGUUUCGAAGAAACGGGUGUGUGGUAAUAUUAUAUCCAGUAGAAGUUAUGUGGCAAAGGAUAUCAGUUUUGGGGUUGGGGCUCGUGCAGCUAUGUUGCAGGGUGUCAACGAGGUAGCAGAAGCUGUAAAAGUCACAAUGGGACCACAGGGUCGUAAUGUUAUUAUUGAGAAAAGUCAUGGAGCCCCAAAGGUGACAAAGGAUGGUGUAACUGUUGCCAAAAGCAUCAAAUUCAAGGAAAAGGCCAAGAAUGUGGGUGCAGACCUUGUGAAGCAGGUGGCUAAUGCUACAAAUACUGCUGCAGGAGACGGUACAACUUGUGCAACUGUCCUGACACAAGCCAUACUCACAGAAGGCUGCAAGUCUGUAGCUGCUGGUGUAAAUGUUAUGGAUUUGCGAACUGGAAUUAAUAUGGCAGUGAAUUCUGUUGUUUCUCUCUUGAAAGAGAGAGCCCUAAUGAUAAGCACACCAGAAGAAAUUUCACAGGUUGCCACUAUCUCUGCAAAUGGCGAGCGAGAGAUUGGAGAAUUGAUAGCAAGAGCUAUGGAGAAAGUUGGAAAGGAAGGAGUUAUUACUGUCGCUGAUGGGAAUACUUUGGAAAAUGAGUUGGAAGUAGUGGAAGGGAUGAAGCUCGCCAGAGGUUAUAUUUCUCCGUAUUUUAUUACUGAUCAGAAGACCCAGAAAUGUGAGCUUGAAAAUCCUUUGAUCCUUAUUUAUGAGAAGAAAAUUUCAGACAUGAAGUCACUUGUGAGAAUAUUAGAGUUGGCAGUAAAAAAAAACAAACCACUUCUAGUUGUGGCCGAGGAUGUGGAAAGUGAUUCUCUAGCUAUGCUUAUUCUCAACAAGCAUCAUGCUGGAGUUAAGGUCUGUGCAAUUAAAGCUCCUGGUUUUGGCGACAACAGAAGGGCGAAUUUAGAUGACCUUGCCAUUCUUACUGGUGGAGAGGUUAUUAGCGAGGAUCGUGGUUUAACUCUUGAUAAAGUCCAAAUAGAAAUGCUUGGUACUGCUAAGAAGGUUACUGUCUCUCUUGAUGACACAAUAAUUCUUCAUGGUGGCGGAGAUAAGAAGCUGAUUGAAGAAAGAUGUGAGCAGCUGAGGACAGCAAUGGAGAAGAGUAAUGCAAUGUUUGAUAAGGAGAAAGCGCAAGAAAGGCUGUCAAAGCUCUCUGGUGGGGUUGCUGUUUUUAAGGUUGGUGGGGCUAGUGAGGCAGAAGUUGGAGAAAGAAAAGAUAGGGUUACUGAUGCUUUGAAUGCUACCAGAGCAGCUGUGGAAGAAGGUAUUGUACCAGGUGGUGGUGUUGCUCUUUUGUAUGCCGCAAAAGCUUUGGAAGACCUUCAAGCUGAAAAUGAAGACCAGAAAAGAGGCAUCCAAAUAAUUCAGAAUGCUCUCAAGGCACCUACAUACACAAUACUUUCAAAUGCUGGAUUUGAUCCUGAUGUCACUCUUGGAAAAUUAUUAGAACAAGAUGAUCACAAUUUGGGUUAUGACGCGGCUAAAGGUGAAUAUGUGGAUAUGGUGAAGGCCGGGAUCAUAGAUCCUCUCAAAGUUGUUAGGACAGCGUUAGUAGAUGCUGCCAGCGUUUCAUUGCUGUUAACGACUACUGAAGCAGCCAUUGUGGAUAAUCCAAAAGAGAAAAAACCUCCUAGCCGAAUGCCAGAUAUGGAUGCCAUGGAUUAUUAGAUUAACAUAACUUGGAAAUUUUGUAGUUUCAAGCUGGUGUACCAUUGACAUAUAUAAAAUGAGGAUAUCUUUAUUAUUCAUUCUUGAAAACUGAAAACUCUUACAGUGAAACCAAGAUUUUGAACACUUGGCAGGUGGGGAUUGAAUCCCUUUAAAGUUCUUGCUUACAAAUCCUUGUUAAUCGUUGUCUUGUUUCCGACAGUAAAGUGGGACGGUAUAAAAUGAAAUUUCAAUUUUUGAAAGU